AUGCUGUUUGGGAUUGAAAUAAUUGAUGACGCAUCAGCUGGCAGCAAUUUCACCAGCAGCUACGCUAUCAAAAGGAAGCUGCCACCAAAAUCACCGAUUAAGAGACUUGGGCUACAGGAGACACAGUGCCACACUUCCGACACUCUAAAGUGCGAGAACGAGGGCAGCCCAGUCAAUUUGACAAGGGAGGAGACUGUCCAGUCCAAAGACAAUCUAUGCUCGAGAAUGGAGAGUGUGCACUUUGAUGAUCCAGAGCGUCUUCAGCCUGUCAGCUACAGGGGCGAUAUUACGCCGCGGCGGACUGAGCUGUCGUCAAUACUUAGCGGUCUAAUGGCCAGCCAGCUUGUGAUUGAGCUGAAGCUUAUCCAGGAUGUUGUCCUGAUGCAGAAUGGCUGCUUCUUUGGCAAUCUUUUUGCACUUUUGAACGCAGUUUGUUUGGAGACGGCCCAGUGA